CCCAUUAUGAUCUACCAGGAGGUGAACACACUAAAGAAUAUUACAUGGAAGCAAUCAAACAACUUUUUAUUAACUGCAAACAGGAAGGAGCUAUUCUCUAUUACACUGGUCAUGGAGAGAAAGACACUGGUAACUGGUGCUUUAAAGAUGGAGUAAUAUCAUUCAAUGAUAUCUUUGAAUUAUACAUAAACCAUUUUAAAGGGAAGCCAUUAACAGUAACAUCAGAUUGCAGUUAUUCUGGUAACUGGAUCAAUGAAUGCAGUAAGAAGUUAGAUGAGAUGAAUGUUCCAUCAUGUGGACACCACACAAGAGAGCAAGGGCUGUUGUUAAAGAUAUAUACCUCUUGUCAACCAAAUGAAGAGGCUACUGCAUUAUGCUAUGUUAAUGAUGAAGCUGUUGAGUACAGUGAAGCAGAUAAGGCAGUGAUAUAUUGGUUUGGUAAAACACUAUCAUCAGGACAGACAACAAUGCAUAUUGACUUUAGAUACAUUCAUUGUAGUAAACCAGCUGAUGAACUUUGUGAUUUUUGCACUUGGAAUGAUCGCGUGAUUAAGAGGCAUAGAGGCCAUGUAGAGCCACCAGAAAUUAGUGAUGACAAACAGAAAAAUUAUGGUAGUGAUAUGAGCAGUGGAUCAGAAGAGAUUGCACAAGUGCAGAAAAAGUUGAUUGAGGAGAAAAAAAUUAUUACUGAAGAUAAGCAACGUAAAAUCAAAUUUGCUGAUAUAACUGAACUCUUAAAAGAAAAGGAGGAGCAAUAUUUGAAGGAGAAACAAAUCAUUAUUGAUGACAAUAAAAAAGCCAAACUUACAUCACAAGUAGAGGAACGAUCACAGAAUGAAAAACAAAUCAUUAUUGACCUUAGAGCUAAAGUGUCUGAUAAUGAAUUGUAUACAACCAAACUAAUAAGGAAGAAGUCGCAACUACAAGAGAAAGUCCCAUCUUUAGAGGAACAAUCCAUCAAAGAGACUAGUUCUAAAGAAGUGCAAUUUGAUUACAUGAUCCCUUCAAUGGUAUCUAUCGUUGGGGAGAAACAUGUAUCCAAAUCAUCAACUAAUGGUGAUAAUAGUGACAAGUCAGAGGAAGAGGAGGAGCAGAUGGAGCAAGAUGAACAAGAGAGGCAAGACGAACAAGCAGAAGAGGAAACUGAGGAAGAAGUGGAAGAUGGUAGUGAUUCUGAUAAGACUAAAGAUCCACCAGGAGGAGAGUCUACUAGUAAUGAGGGAGUAGAGGAAGAGGGGGAGACUAGAGGUCAGCCAUUACAUGAAGAAGGAAAUGAAGAGCAAGAUAAUGAAAGAGUAGAAGAGUCAAAGGAUCAUGAAGAACCACAGCAUGAAGAAGCAACUGCUCCAAUACCUUGUACUGAAAUUAGUUCAGACGUUAAUAGUGAAGUAGUAGCUAACUCCACUGGUAUAGUAGAGAAUAUGGCUUAUGCUGGACUGGUUUAUUAUGAGAAGAAAGAAGCUGAAGAUUUGGUGACAUUUGCUGCCGCUAAAGAGCUCAAUGCACUGCUUGAGUUUAUUAAAGAAGACUAUCCUCGUGCUGAAAAAGGACAAAAUUUUCUAUUUCGCUUCAAAGAUUAUUAUGGAUGUAUUGAAUUAAAGUUUGAUGCACCUCAAGAAAAACCAUUCACUGGUUGGAGUAUUGAGCCUCACCUUAAGCCUUGUAGAUUUUUACGUUGUGAUGUUGAUAAGUUUGGUGAAGCUAAUUGUCCUCUUCCUUCACAUUGUCUAAUAUCAGUAUAUGGGUCACCUGGUGCUGUACCAUCAUUGCACUAUUCUAUACCACUGGAUGGAGUGGCUGAUCCUAAGGCAGUAUUCAUUCACCGAUCACUGAGAACUACUCCUCUUCUUCCUUCACCUUCAACAGGUCCAUCAGCUACUGUUGAUUAUGUUAAGAGAGCAAAGGCAGUGAUCGAUGAUGUUCUUGUAUCUCAUUAUGAUACUCUCACUUCUCUAACUAAAUCUUCUCUUUUAAGUCUUGCUAAUAAACUAUACGCUGCUGGUCUCAUUAGUGAAGGAGUCAAAGAGAAAUGUACAAUGGAAGAGUUUUUAGGUGAAUUUAGAACUAGUCUUGGAUUUAAGAAGGAGUUAUCUCAAGUGGAGGAGCAUUGUCAAAAGUUUUUAAGCUCAUUUGUUGCUGUAAGAGGCAGUUAUGCUGAUGCAGGAAAAUAUUUAAGUCAGGAGUGGAUUGAAGCUAUUAGGAAUAAACUUGGAUUUGAUUUUAAUAUUGAUACUUAG